AUGAUGGACGGCCCGAGUCUGCGCGAGGACGGGCGUGUCGAGUGCGCGCCGACCAAGCCGCGCCACGCCAAGGCCGCGCGGUCGCACACGGGCGGGCGCAUUGGCAACCAGCAGUACAGCGCCGACGCGGACGAGAUGGCCGUGCUCCAGGCCGAGAACGCGACGCUGCGCCAGCGCCUCGCCGACAUGGAGCGUGUUUUGGCCCAAGUCGAGCAAAAGCAGCUCGCGGACCAAGCGGAAGCGCUCGACGAUAUCUCCGAGCUGCUCAAGCUGGCCGAGAUGGCCAAGACCGAGGCGACGUCGUUCAACCACAACACUGCGCGGGACAAGAUGCGCCGAGACAUUCAGACGCUGCAGGCCAUUUUGAAAAAGGCCAAGGCCGAGCGCAACGACUUCAAGAAGACGAUCAAGCAGACCGAAGAGAAGCUGCGGCUGGAAAUGGAGAAGAAGAAGGAGGAAGGGCUCAAGAGCGAGAUCGACCAAGAGAUCUUCACCCGCAUCAUCAAGGAGGACCGCGAGAAGUACAGGGCACACGUCGUUGAGCUCCUUGCGCGCAUCAAGUCGCUCGAGAAGGAGAAGUACGACGUCUUCCUCUGGGCCAAAUCGCACCAUGAGAUCUACGUCCAAGAGAUGCGCAAGCUGGCGCGCGCCUUCGCCAAGGUCAAGCGCAUGUCGGACGAGAGCACGUACGAGGCCAAGGCGUUCUACCACGACGUCAUCCAGCUCAAGCAUGUCGUGCUCUCGGACGCGGCGGGGCUCGAAGACGCGCUGUUGCAGCAACAAGCCAAGGACGACGACACUCGAUGCGCAGCAUUCGUGCUCGAGAACCACGAGUCCUCGUAG